AUGAAAAGUAUCGUUAAUUUUGUCGAAUUACAAACAUUGAUCAAUGAGAUAGAACUGAUUUUGAAUAACAGACCUAUUUGUGAUAAGUAUGAUGAUGAUUGUGAGGAUGUAUUAACACCUAACCACUUGUUGUACGGUAGACGAAUGGAGUGUAGCAGUUUGAGAAGUGAGGAGGUAAUAAUGGAUGAUUCGGAAUUUAAAGGACGGAAACGUAUGUUGCAGGCAAUGCUGGACCAUUUUUGGAAGUGUUGGUCUCAAGAAUAUUUGUGUUCUUUACGUCAGAGUGUGAAUCACGUAUCGAAGGGUGGUGUUGAAAAAAUUAGUGAGGGAGACGUUGUUAUUGUGUACGAUGAUAAGUUAACUAGACACAUGUGGAAAUUGGGUAGAGUGGUUAAGUUGGUUCCUGAAAGCGAUGACAAAGUACGUGCUACACAAGUCAAGCUAGGACAAACCGGAACAAUAGUGAAUCGUCCGGUAAAUCGAUUGUAUCCCUUGGAAACGAAAUGUGGUCGCCCUGUUAUCGAGAAACAAACGAACGAAGAAGUAGACGAAGACGAAGACGAAAACAAAAUCUCUCCCCAAACAAACUGCGGCAAUUCUGGGGGAGUUAAAACAACGUUUCGCGAACGAAGAAAGUUACUAGCGUCACGGGGGGAUUGUUAA